UAAAUAAAAAUGGAAUCCACUCAACAAACUUCCUCAAAACCCAAGUGGGACUGGAGACACUGGAAGCAAUUCCUUAAGAAAAACUGUAUUAUUAAUGAAACUAGUAGUGCGAAUCCUGUUUUAAAUGGAGAAAUCAGCUGAGAAGCUGAUAUGAAAGAUGAGACCAAGAAGGACCCUUAUGAAGAGCUGAAGGGGGGAUUUGAAGGAGAGGAUAAGAGAAUUCCCAUGAUCUUUACGGACAAACUUAUUCAGGAUAGACAGUAUGAGCCGAGUGUUGUAAAUGAGUUUAAUGUGGUCGGAGAGUUAGGGAAAGGAGCAUUCUCUGUGGUAUAUCUCGCUGAGAAAGAAGUUAAUGGAGAAAAACAACAAUACGCUUUAAAGCAAAUGUCGAUUGAGCAACUUAAAAAGGACAAAAUUACAGUCUAUACUAUUGAUAAAGAACAGGAAAUCUUAACCUCAUUACAGAAAGUGUACAUGGAGAGUUACCAGAUGGCUAAAAUUUCAAAAUUUAAUCAUCCAAAUGUUAUAAAAAUAUUCGAGAUUAUAGAAGACGAUUCAAAAGAUACUAUCUACCUUGUCAUUGAAUUCUGCCAUUUCGGACAGAUCUCAGACUGGAACAGGUCUUCAGAUAAAUACAUCAGAAAUCAAGCACUGAUUGAUCAUCUAGUAGAAACUGAGUUUGAAGGGGAAGACUUCAAGAACGAGCAUGAAAAGAUUGAGAAAGUUGGCAAGUUCAUCUUCAAAAAGGUUUUGGAAGGGCUUAAAUAUCUUCAUGACAAUAAUUAUGUUCACAGAGACAUCAAGCCAGACAAUAUUUGGUUCUCUAAGGAAGGAAAUAAUCCUAAGAUAGGUGAUUUUACGGUCACUCAGUAUAUUCCAAGCCAUGACUUCAUGUUGAUGAGCAAGGUUGGAACUCCAUUGUUCAUGGCUCCUGAAAUGGAACCUCCUGAAGUAGAUGACGGUCUUGAUCUAGAUAAUAUUGAUUUUGAUAAUCUUGGAGAUGACUCAGGCGACGAUUCAGAAGAUCCAACAGAACAAAAGCAUGAAUUCUUACCUCUUCCUACAGAUAUUUGGUCAAUGGGAGUUACUAUUUUCAGUUACUUUGGUGAAAAUUGCCCAUUCAAUGGAGACGUAGAAUAUCAGAUCCUUCAAUCAGCCCAGAAUGAUGAGCUUCCAAGGUUAGAUGACUACAGUGAAGAGCUGAAUCAGCUUCUUGCAGCAAUGUGCCACAAAACUCCAACCGAAAGACCAUCAGUUCAAGAAGUAUUAGACCAUGCUUGGUUUACUACUUAA